CUUUGAGGCUUUGGCUACUUCCUGUCAUGUUCAUUUCCUAAUCGCUCUCAGCCAAGAACAGAACGUUACCGUUUAGUGUUUGGGUUUCAUUCGGUGAGGAAAAUGUUCCUGUUAACAUCCACGCUGCUACUCGUCUCUGCAGUCGUGUACGUAUGUCAUGCCGAGCAGAUGCUGAAAUGUCCCUACGACUCCAAGUUUUCUCCUCAAAAAUACCCGGAGAGAGUUUGGUGUAAAAAGGAGGCAAACAAUCAGAGCUGCUGCAGAGGGUUCACCUUCACGUCCGGGGAGAAGGAGCUGGACGGCGGGCGUCUGAGCGUGCAGGACGACGGCAAGGCCUUCACCGUGUCUGUGAGGAGCCUGUCUCAGGGGGACGGAGUUUACUGGUGCGGCCUCAAGAACGGCUCCGGCAUCAUCGUCAAACUGGCCGAGGGAGAGAUCCACAAUCCGCUGAACUUGGCCUGGAGCAUCAUUCGCUGGCUGCUCUUCGUCCUGCUCCUUCUGGCUGUGAUUUCAACUCAUAUGUGCUACAACAGCAAAAAGGCAAAGGAUUGAGGCGUACGGUCUGAAAAUAUCCAGAUGGAAAAGAUUGAACGCUGUUACGAAGAAUUAUCUAAUAUAUUAAUACUAAACUUAUAGUUUGUGCAUAAAGCUUAAAAAUGUGUGUGUGUGUGUGUGUGUGUAAGAGAUUGUAUCUCAGCUUAUAUCUAAACCUUUGUUAACCCUGCAGUUACAAGAAGUGUAAUAUUAAUAUAUAAAAAUGAAAUGUGUGCAUAUAUAUAUAUAUAUAUAUAUAUAUAUAUAUAUAUAUAUAUAUAUAUAUAUAUAUAUAUAU